AUGAAAGGAUCAAAUGAUUUUGGUGGUGUUCUUAUCGCUAUCCAUAAAUCAACCAACGCACAACGAAUAAAAUCUUUUGACGAUAUCGAAAAUUUAAUUGUUCUAGAGGUAGGCGAGGGCUCAAGUUGGUUUCAACUGGUCACUUGCUACUCGCCGCCACUCGAAGAAAUACCAUUCGAUAUUCUUGAUCAAAUCUUAGCAAGGAACAAACGCACCAUCCUUACUGGAGAUCUUAACGCAAAGCACCGCUCUUGGUCAAAGUCAGCUGAAAAUCCAAAAGGUUUAAAAUUGUUCAAGUGGAUAAUAAGUGACAAAUCACAUGGUGCACUGAAAGUCAUCAGCAAAUUCAUUCCUACUUCAACAGGCUCGACCGCCACAAUCGAUCUUGUAAUGGCACCUAUAUUUCUUUCCAACAACGAUUUCUCAGUUCUUCCAUCGAUUGGUAGUGAUCACCAUCCGUACCAUCAAGCGCAUCCAAUGGAGACUUCCCGAAAUCUUUCUCAUCUAUACGGGAUCAUAUUGGCUAUCUCUUGCUUCAACAAUGUCUCACUCAUAGGAUUAUUUCACUCUUUAUGA